AUUUUAGCUUCAACCAAUGAGGUUAUGGCAUACUCGCCAUUGCUGAUUUCCUAUUAUUUCUGAUUACAAGAUAAACAAAGCCUCUUCACGGAGCCAAGAGGUAACCUCCAAUUUGCCUUGAAUGAAAGCGUGAGCGGAAGAGACAGCUUUAGAAAAAUGUGAGCACUGCUCAGUAGAAAGAUAAUUCUUCUUGGAUUUUGGGGGAGGGGGGACCCCCGACUCGUAAUCUGACCACAUCCCCUUGAGUUUUUUAAUUUGCAUUUAAGGAGAGUCUGUCCCACCCACCCCACCCUCCACGGAAAAGGAUUGGCUGUGAAUUUAACACCUGCAGCCUGGCAUCUGGGACAGUUGAAUAGAAAACCAGUUAAGAUGUGUUCCAGCCCUGCAGAUAUUGUUCCCAAGCACGGUGGCAGUGGAUGUCCUUCCAGUGAUGUAAUAGAUGUAGGGGACAGGAGGCUCUUCAUUGACAGAAUGCAGAUCCAGAUCUCGGUAGAAGCAGAGGUGAAAACCAUUCCUCUAAAAGCCCUGCCUCCUUCCUUCAUUAAGAGGAUGGGUCUGUCCUUUAGAAGUGUCCAGGACCAGACGGGAGAUCCAGACCCGAUAGUGCUGUGCAUUUCUCCAGUCCGCGCUAUGGAAGCAGAGGAAUUUGGCAAACAGUCUCAAGCCGUCGACAAGAACGCAGCUGGCUGUGGACUCGAGGGUGACUGUAAGCGGAGCACAUGCCUGCUUCCAGUUAAAACCUCCAAUCUGAUGGCUUUUAAAGUCCUGAAGAACCUCUAUGACAACCAGAGCUCUGAUGCCAUUGACCCGCUUAAGGAGAUUCUGAAAUCGUGCGGCGCUGCCUGUGUCCCCCAGGGCAAAACGUUCCGGUUCAAGCAGGAUGCGCUGAUCAUCCACAACAGAAAGGUGUACCUGUUCAUUAACAAGGCAAAGGGGGUGCAGGAGAAACUGCAACUCAGGAACCCUUCGCAGGCAGGGCCCAUGCCGAGCUGUGCUCCAGAAUCCACCCAUCCUGUUACUGCCCAGAAGAGUCUCUCCGUUUCCCCCACCAGUGAGACACAGCCUGGUCCAGUGUGCACCACCCCUCAAAGUUGCUCUGGAUCCCCGAAGCAGGGCUUGUCCAGUGUCUCUAGUGCCCCCGUAAAAGAGCACGCCAAGCCCUUUGACAUCAGGGUUUUGAAGAAGAGGUUUGGAGUUUCCCAGGAACUGCAGGUUACAGUCGCCAGGCUUCCUAAUAAGAACUUGGGGGGCCCAAUAAAAGAACAGAGCACCUCCUCUGACGCGGGAAAGGGUGGUGUGCAGCAAUGUGAGCUACUGGAUCUGUGCCAUGUAGAGAGCCAGAGCCCGGAUGCUGAAGAACCUACUGCAACUGAGGCGCUGGAGGCUGACGAAGUGGAGCAGAGCGCAGUGGAGGAUGCUGCGGAACAGGCCAGCAGUGAGGAUUUGGACGAUGAGCCUCCUUCCAAAAAAUCCAAACUGGACUCGGAAGGCCAGGAGACCUGCUUCCCUGACCCUGAGCCCCGGGAGGCAGGGGCUCUUUUGGCUGAGCAGGCAGGGGGAGACGGAGUGCAGGAAAGCGAAGUGGGGCUGGACUUCUCCUUGUCCGACCUGGGGUUCACCACGGUGUUUGAUUUUGACCAGUCCGUGCGGGAUGAGAAAAUCAGUCGCAUCAAAGCCCUGCUGAAAGAGAAGGAGGCCGCGCUGAACAGACUGAAGAAGCCAGAUUCUUUGCCGUGAUCUGACCUUUGUGCAGCCUAGGAGACUUUCCUCAUGUGUAUAUAAUCGCAGAGAAGCUAUUGAGAUCCUAACUUAUUUUUGCCUUUGUAAUCUCUGCGUGAAUUUAAUAUACACUUCAGAUUCCUUCGUUAACCUAAAGACUGAAUACAACAUGGACAUCUUUGAAAAACAUAUAGGUUUAGUACAGAAGGCUAGCUGACGAAGCUAUAGUUUGUCCUGAUAUUAAUUAGCAAUGUUUUUUUUUCUUUCUAAGUUUUUUAUUUUCUCUUCAAAGAAUGUACAGUAAAUGAACAUAGUUAAACAGCGCAGCUCAGGCAGUAUCUGCAUCGUCAGGGUUUUUUUACCCAUAUUGUCAACAGCAUUCUUUUGUAAAUAUUUAAAAACUGGUGUUUAAGACGUGGCAUAUUUGUCUGCGGCUGCUAGCCCAGAUCAGAUGCUGUAUUCACUGAGUUUUAAGUCUGUUUUCAGUUCUUUAUUUUGGUGUUAAAAUAGUCAGUUUUGUUUAAAAUCAAAAUUUAAGUGGAAAAAAAAAA